AGAGCAAUACAGAGAGGGAGAGCCCUAUACAGAGAGGGAGCGAUUCAGAGAGAGACAGCGAUACAGAAGAGAGAGAGAGAGGGCGACAGAGAGAGCGAGCGAGCUUGAUAGAGCGAGCGAGCGCGAUAGAGAGCGAGGGAAAGAGAGAGGGAGACACAGAGAGAGCGAGAGCGAGGGAGAGUGCAGAUACACAUCCUUCGUAAUUCUCCAUCAUUCCGGCAGAAAUAAAAAGGGCUCCUUUUAGGAGGGCACGAGUGGGUCCGGGAAAUACUGUAACAUUUCGGCACCGGAAGACGACCAGCCGACUGAGUACCGAAAUAAAAAAAAAAAAAAACAUAAAUUAAAAAAGAGAAGGAAGACGCUGGAAGGAGAGGGAGGAGAGAGGGACCCGUGGAUGCGUUCGCAGCCAUUCUUCCUCUGCUCACGGCAUUCCUGAACACGAACAGCUCCCUCCUCUUACUCCUGGGGUGUCAAGACAUGAAAAUGGCUCCCCACAGCUGAGGAUGAACACAACCACAGUGAAGAAUCUCACAAGACAGUGGAUUGCAAAAGAGGGGUCACCUUAGGAUUUCAAGAUUACCUUAGAGCCUACCGCACAUUUAAACAGAACAAAAUCUCAGAAAAAGGCAUGGUAACCUUAAAAUGAGAACAAUAUAAAACGAUAGAGAAAAAACAACAGUAACGCUGCAUUCAGGUUCAACAGGAUGCCAGACUCACUGUAAAAUUAAAACCCGGAAACCAGUUGCACUCUUAACGAGGAAAUUGUAAGCAUCGCUCUUCUCGUUCGCAGCGAACCACUGAACGCAUCGCUCAACUAUGAACUAAAAGGACCACACCAUCUGGGAGAACGACAGCAUCUGUGCCACAGAUCCCAGGAGCUCUAGACAGGCGCCGUACAGCCGCCACUGUGCUAGUCAUUUCACCCCCUAUUAGCCAGCACUCUGGGAUCCACUUGUGCUCUCAGCUGGUGAGCCAGGGACACGUCCGCCUCUUUCCGCUGCUGCCGCAGCCAAAGCCUUCAUCAGCCCUCAUUAAAAACUGAAACCGAUGGGAAAAGGCAAAACAUCGACUUAAUCGUACGAGGAGUGGAUGGAAUAAGUACAGUGUGUACGAUAUCCCCCCCCCUCCCCUCCCCUCCCCGUACCCCCGUCCAGUGAACUGCCUUGUUCAAAAUGAGAAAGGACACCAUGUUCUGGGUGCAAGCCCAUCUCUUCCUGGGCGUGGCCGGUGCCUUGGUCAUUCACUCCAUGCCGUGGAAGGUGGCGUGCCCCGACCAGUGCGUCUGCCAGAUCAAGCCGUGGUACUCGCCACAGUCCGUGUACAGGGAGGCCCCGACGGUGGACUGCAACGACCUCCUCCUGACCCAGCUUCCUUCCCAGCUCCCCCCGGAGACGCACACCCUGCGGCUGCAGAGCAACCUCAUCAGCGCGCUGGACCAGAGCGAGCUGCCGGGCCUGGUCAACCUGACCGAGCUCGACCUCUCCCAGAACAGCUUCAGCAACAGCCGCCGCCUGAGGAUCGCCGGCAUGCCCGUCCUCCUGAGCCUGCACAUGGAGGAGAACCAGCUGCGUCACCUGCCCGACGCCGCCUUCUCCGGCCUGCCGGGCCUGCAGGAGCUGUACCUCAACCACAACCGGCUCAGGAACAUCUCCCCGGGGGCCUUCAAGGGCCUGGAGAACUUGCUGAGGCUCCACCUCAACUCCAACCGACUGGCGGCGAUCGACCGGCGCUGGUUCCACGCGCUGCCGCGGCUGGAGGUCCUCAUGAUCGGGGGAAACCCGGUGGACGCAAUCCAGGACCUCAACUUCAAGCCCCUGGGCUCCCUCCGCAGCCUGGUUCUGGCAGGGAUGGGUCUGCGCGAGCUCUCCGAGAGGUCCCUGGAGGGACUUUAUAGCUUAGAGAGCAUCUCCUUCUACGACAACCACCUGACCAAAGUCCCGAAGGAGGCCCUGCAGCAGCUACCCGGUUUGAAGUUUCUCGACCUGAACAAGAACCCCAUUCAACUGGUGCGGCAGGGGGACUUCAGGAACAUGCUGCACCUAAAGGAACUGGGGCUCAAUAACAUGGACGAGCUGGUCUCGAUAGAGCAUUCUGCCAUGGAGAACCUGCCGGAGCUCACCAAGCUGGAGAUCACCAACAACCCCAGGCUGUCCUACAUCCACCCCCAGGCCUUCCGGCGUCUGUCCAGCAUGGAGAGUCUGAUGCUGAACAGCAACGCCCUCAGCGCCCUCCACAGGGAGACCGUCAGCUCCCUGCCCAGCCUGCAGGAGAUCAGCCUGCACACCAACCCCAUCCGCUGCGACUGCCUGAUACGCUGGGUGGGGGCGGAGGCCGACAGGCCCGUCCGCUUCAUCGAGCCCCAGUCCACGUUCUGUUCCGAGCCCCCCGAGCUCAAGGCCAGGAGGGUGAAAGAGGUCUCCUUCCGAGAGAUGGCCGACAGCUGCUUGCCCCUGAUCGCUCCGGGGACGUUCCCGCCGUACGUACAGGCCAGGCAGGGAGAAAACCUGGUCCUCCACUGCCGGGCCCUCGCCGACCCCGAGCCGAGCAUCUACUGGGUCACCCCCAAGGGCCUCAGGCUCUCCACCUCGUCCAGCUACGGUCCGUAUCAGGUGCUCACGGAGGGCACCUUGGAGAUCGCUGGGAUCACUGCAGACGAGGCGGGUUUCUACACGUGCGUGGCUCAGAACCUCGUGGGUGCCGACACGCAGAGUGUGACGGUUCGGGUGGACGGCGUGGACGGUGCCCGACCCUCGAGCACCUGGCGGGGCAAGGACAACCUGGAGGUGAAGGACGUCCGGGAGCGCUACGCCCUCCUAGCCUGGCCCGUCAACUACAACGUGCCCUCCGCCCGGCUCUCCUGGCUGACCAACGAGAGCCUGGCGGACCGCCACAGGCACAGCGCCCGCAUCCUGGCGGGCACCCAGGGCUUCAACCUCACCCGCCUGCAGCCUGGGACCCGCUACAGGGUGUGCCUGCACCUGGGGCCCAACGACACCUCCUGCGUCCACCUCAGGACGAAGGCGGUCCCGGCGAGCGCGGCCACCCCGGACCUGACCCCCGCGCUCCUCCUGGCGGCGUCGGCCCUCGUCUUCCUCCUGACCGCCAAAGCCUGCCAGGGCGGGGCCUCCCCGGGCUGGAGGAGGCCGGGACAGGAUCCGCUGAAGGCCCAGGCCUGUCUCCUGCCUUCCGAGGUGAAGGGCCACGUGGCGGCGCAGUGCCCCCAGCAGAAGCAGCGGCAGGCCCAGGUGCAGCCGACGCAGACGCAAAAGCAGCAGCAGCAGCAGCAGGCGCACUGGCUUAAAACGAAGGAAGCCUCCAACUCCACCGGCACGGAAAACAGCGACGCUCAGCAUCCACAAAAUGUUCAGGGGCCGCCAGCGGAGUCCUGCUAGAGCCCGGGGCGGCACUGCCGAGGAACACCCCGAAACAUAACGGGAACCUCUGUCGCUGUCCGCAUAGCUCGCAUCGCCAACUUCAAACCCCCAACAGACAAGUUCAGCAGUUACAAAUCAACAAAAAAACAAACAAAAACAAAACAAGAAAACGAAAAAGUACACUUAUUAAUUGCUGCCAGGGAAGUGUUCUAAUAUUCAGUAUGGUGGUGUAAAAAACAGAUAUGAUUUGUAUUUAUUUUAUAUAUGAAUAUAUAUUGAAAAUCUGUUUGUUUGUGUAUUCAGCUAUAUACACAGGAAUCACUCAUGCAAAAGAAGAAGUGUUGCACGCCUGCACUGCGUCGCAACAAGGAGGUUACAAAUGAUAACUCACAUCAACGGAAAUAAUAAUGCUUAUAUUUUUUCAAGCAUUUAACAAGAAUGACAUAUGAUGAGAGGCGGACGAUGGUUAUUUUUUAUUUUAGAAAAUUUAAAUACAACAUUUCAACUAGGUCAGCGAGUGUGUCUCAAAAUCGCACCAAAGGAGACAGAAACACUGUAGUUUAAAGAAUAAAUCCUUCAGGUACCACAGGUGAUCUACAAAAUGGUGAUCUCUUUUUAUUUUUGGAUAUUUACAGUUGACAGAAGGGGGAAAGACGAUAAGCUGAUGAUUCCGUUACGUGUCGAAAGCGACACACGUUACUAGCGCGUCCGUUAUGUAAUCACUCCCAUUGUUUUGCUUUGACUGCGCAGAUCAAAUCCUAGCGCAGCAGGAUCCUAACGUCCCUGUUUAACGUUCCUGCUGAGACACAUUUGCAUACGGAAGCGAACGGGCAAAACGAUCCAUUGCAUCGCCGGCAGCCCCCGGAGAGGGCCAACCGCCGACGGUCCGAAUCCCUGAGACUCGACGGAUCACCUGACCCCCUGCUCGCGAUGGAACGGACCUCAAACGGGGGGCACCCUAACGAAUCAGAGCGCCUAACGUUGCGAGACUGCACUGGGGGG